CGUUCAGUUGAUGAUUUCGCCUCAAAGUAGUCAAUUAUGAAGAUUUCUUGUUCUUCAAUGGAAAAUUGGGAAGAUUAGGAAUAAAACAUGAAUAUGUAGUGUAGGUAUUGUUGACAAACUUCCUUCGCUCACUCUACUUCUACUUCGUUUAAUCAUUUCCGUUGAACUCAGAUCCCCAAACCCCUCAAGCUCAGCAGUCACAUCACCAGAAUGCCCCAACCCCGAGCCACGGUGCUCCUCCCUCUCCUCCUCCUCCUCUUCCUCAUCCCCGCCGGCGCCGCCCCAAUCAUCGGCCUCGAUUCCUUUCUCACCCAACAAUUCCGCAAAGAUCCACAUGCCACCAAUGAUUCCUUCCUCUUCCUCCCUUCCUCUCUCAAAACCCCUCUCUCCCAUGCCUCUCCCGCUCGUCCCCCCAUCGCCUCCUCCCUCCUCUCCCUCAAUCUUCCCAUCCCCAUCACCCUCCACUUAGUGGGACCCACCUUCUCUUCAUCCGCCCCUUCCCUUCUCUCCUCCUUCCUCUCCUCCGCCGUCUCCUCCGAUCUUUUCCACGUCAUCACCCCAUUCUCCUCCUCCGGCCACCAUCUCUCCCUGUCCCACUCCCUCCACCUCUCUGCUUCCCUCUCCCCUCCCUCUCUCUCCACCUCCCUCACCUCCGCCCUCAAUUCCCACCUUGCGUCUGCCCCCUCUUCUCUCCGAUCCCCGCUCUCUGCUGUCCCCUACUCCCUUAUCGAUGAAAUUAUUCGACAAGAUUUCGAAAAAGAGAAGCCCAUCAACUCGUUUCACAUCUACAUUAUCCAUCUUGGAUCACAGCCAAAACCUUAUGCUUACAGCUAUACUCCUGGGGACAGCUCUCCGGGUUUUACCAAAUGCUUGGGCAGCAUUUGGACUGGAAAUGAUCGAUACUUGUGGAUUGAUUUGGGAGCUGGACCGGUCGAUUAUGGGCCUGCUUUAUCCGGUGAUGGGGUUUUGCCGAAAGGUGAGUUUCAUCCAUUAGCUGCUCUCCAUGGCCGACCAAAGUCGCAAAAAGCACUGCUUUCGGACUUAGCUUCAUUGGUGUGGAGUGCUUAUCAGGUACUCCUUGUACCCUCUUUGAGAAUUCCUGUGCCGUUUGAGGAUAAAUUGAUUGUUGAAUUUAUUCAUAUACAUGGUGAUGGUGGUAGUUUUGGGUUGGAUUGGAAGUCAAUAGAGAGAACUUUUAUGGAUGAGGUUAAUGACCGUGGAUUAUUAUUGGGGGAUCAGAGUUUGAGUUUUAAGAAGUAUGAGGUAAAAUUUUCUGAGUGCCCAAUAUGCUCAUUCACGAUUGCAAGAGCAACCACUUCGUACACUUCUAGGUACUUGUUUGAUAAUUAUACUUUGAUUGUGAGCGAGUAUUUGGACUCGAAGCAAUUACAUCAAACAAUCUUGGAAUCAGUUGAUGAGUUUAGAAGGGUAGGCAAGCUGCCUGAGGAAGAGUUUGGUAGAGUUCUACCUGUAUAUGUUUUUGAUCUUGAAGUCAAUACAAUACUGUUGCUUGAUCGGUAUCACCAGUCUGUGGCAUUUAAGGAUAUGGUCAUUGCAGUUAGGACCAAGAGUACCCAGACUGUGAGUGAUUACAGUUGCAAUGGGCAUCAUGUGUUCACACAGACUCGGGAACUCGAAAGACCACUUGUAGGUUCCAUUUUGCAGAGCAUGUGGGGGGUUUCACCAACACAUCUUGUUUGGAGCCCUAGGCAUAAUAGUUCUCUUGUGGACUACACGUGGAGUGUUGGACAAACACCAUUUGGACCAUUCUCGGAGAUAUCUUCUUUAUCCUUUGUUCAGAAGGAUGCCGCUAGGAGAAAUGUUCUUUUGACGUCAUUGAAUUACAGCAUUACUAGUGGAAUUGAUGUUCUUGAGUCGAUCGCUGCACAUGGUGGGGACAGAAAACUUCUGAAACAGAAUCGACAUUAUGAAUUUAUACAGAGGUGGAACUUGUUCAGGUACAAGCUGGACAAGUCAAUUUCUGCUAUGUCACACUUUGAUUAUGAGAUGGCGCUAUAUUAUCUGAGAUCUUCAGACCACGAUCUAUAUGCUAUCCACACUCUUGUUUAUCAUGCAUCCCAAGAAUUGGAGGCAUCGCUUGUGUGUUUCAGGGAUCCACCACUCCCAUGGACAUCUCUUUUGCUCUCUGGUGGAGCUUUCUUUGCUUUGCUUUAUGUGUACGCAAAAAGAGAGAAAUUAUUUCGAAGCAAGAGAAAACAGUUUUAAAGUUUUGAUAGUGUCAGGCUAUGUGUGUUUGGAUUCAUACAUCUGUAUUUCAAAAGGAGAGUUGGUACACUUGCUCAGAAUGUAUAAUUCAGUUUUCCAAGCAAAAGAAUUGCAGUUUGACUUAACAUUGAUUUGCUUCAAAUCCU